UAAUCUGUGCUAUCAUAAUACUUAAAUUCCGGCCGAAAGUUUUAGCGGCAAGGAAACUCUGCUUUUUUUUCUAAAAUAGGUUAGCUGAAAGCAAAUACAAUCACUCUUCAACCACUGGAUAAGAAUCACAUGCCAAGAUUCAAAUCUGUAGUAGCUGCUGCUACGGGAGAUAUUUCUUCCCGAAACCACUUCCUAAGCUGAUUAUAAAAAUGAACCUUGUAUGAGAGUAAUGAGAGCAUGGAACUACUCUGCCUGUUACCCUGGCUACGGUAUGUUUACACAAUAUGACACCGGUAAGCUGGCUGGACCGGUUAAAGAAAGCGGAGAAAAUAGGUGUGAUUGCGGAUGGUAAGCGUAAAAUUCAUUACAAACUGGAAGAUGGCCUUGAAAUGGUGGAAGAGUAUAGUCUGGACACAAAUGUUCUCGUAAGAAGGGCUUGGAGAGAUAGAAGGAAACUAUGUGGAAAUCAUCAGUGGGCAGUUGAAGUUGGCGAUCCGGAACCCCAGACAAAUGGUUUAGAUGCUGUUGGGAUCAAGGAAGAUGUUAAUUCACCAUAUGUUACAAUGAGAAUUACAAAAUCAUCUUUGGAAUGGAGGAUCAGAAACCUGCCUUACCCACUGGAUAUGUAUUCAGUAACAGCAGAUCCAGAAAAUAAAUGCAUAACAGUCCGUACGAGUAAUAAGAAAUAUUUCAAAAAAUUACUGGUUCCUGACCUUGAGAGAGCUGGUGUCAGUGUUCAGCAAAUCAGAAUACAAUAUACACAUAAGUACAACACAUUGGUUAUAACGUAUGAGAAACCUCCUGAGCUACUCCAGCUAGAAAAGCUUGUGUUUGAAGAAGUAAAGAAAGUUAAAACAAGAAAAGAGGAUGAUCCACAGUGUAACCCAAGUUGAAUAAUUGGAUGUUGAUAAAUCCAUUAGAUAUUGUUGAUCCAGCAUUUCACAAUUUGAUAAACAGAGGCUGUUUUUUAUAUGUUGUUACUAAAAAGCAUUUUGUUGACCAUGGGAUUACUAGCUAAUUUGCAAACAUGCUCUAUUUUAUGGAUAUUUUUUCCCAUAAUGUAUAUAAUCAUAAAAGAAAGGAGGAGGUUGAUUGUACAAUGCCAAAUUGUACUUUUCAUAUGCUGAAUGUAUACAAAACAAUGAGUGUAAUUAUUA